AAUUGAUAAGGAGCUCUCAAUGGCACAAUAACAAUAAUGGUGUAUUGCCGUGUUGGUUAGAAAAACAAUAAUGAUUCGAUGAAAAACACAAAAUUGGAACCUACCAAACUGGUUAUUGCUCGGUCGAAUGCGGCGGCUAAUAUCAAUACCAAGAUUGGCGGGACCGGAAAUGUCAAAGGCAUCUUCUUCGCUUCUGCAGUAUGUAGUCUGGACUCUGUACCGGUCAAUUCCCAUUUGAUCAAUUCUAUCUCGCAUAGUUGAAUUCAUAUCCCGCACUGCACGGAUUCCAUUGUCAACCUUCUCUGCUCUCCCUUUUCAUUUUGUAGCUUGAGGAUUGAGCUUUCCUUUAAGUAAAGUACAGGAAGAUAUGGCAUCUAAUAAGUGGUGCAUGGAGAAAAGGGGCGCAGUCGACAAUGAAUCAGUUGGAGAAAGUGAAGCUGUAACCGAGACGGGCUGUCUUUCCAUUGUUGUUCUUGGUGCUUCUGGUGAUCUGGCAAAAAAGAAGACUUUUCCUGCUCUAUUCAACCUCUACCGCCAGGGAUUCUUGAAAUCUAACGAUGUUCACAUCUUUGGUUAUGCAAGGACCAAAAUUUCAGUUAAUGAAUUAAGAGAUCGGAUUUCUGGGUAUCUUUCCCCAGGGAAAGAGAAUCCCGAAUCUGUUUCAAGUUUUCUGCAACUGAUAAAAUAUAUAUGUGGCGGUUAUGACUCCAAGGAAGGUUUUCAGUCAUUAGAUAAGGCAAUAAGUGAGCAUGAAGUAUCAAAAAACAGCACAGAAGGAUCAGCCAGAAGGCUCUUUUACCUUGCACUUCCUCCAUCAGUUUAUCCAUCUGUGUGCAGAAUGAUAAAGUUGUAUUGCACGAAUAAAUCGGAUCUUGGUGGAUGGACCCGCGUCAUAGUUGAGAAGCCAUUUGGGAGAGAUUUAGCUUCAGCAGAGGAACUCAGUGCCCAGAUUGGAGAAUUAUUUGAGGAACCACAAAUUUAUCGCAUUGACCAUUACUUGGGGAAGGAGUUGGUUCAGAACUUGCUUGUGCUCCGCUUUGCCAAUCGUUUCUUUUUGCCUCUCUGGAACCGUGACAACAUUGACAGUGUACAGAUUGUAUUCAGAGAGGACUUUGGUACUGAAGGCCGUGGUGGAUAUUUUGAUCAAUAUGGGAUUAUUCGCGACAUCAUUCAAAACCACCUUUUGCAGGUUUUUUGCCUUGUUGCCAUGGAAAAGCCUAUUUCUCUGAAGCCUGAGCAUAUCCGGGAUGAGAAAGUGAAGGUACUUCAAUCGGUGAACCCAAUAAAAGACGAAGAGGUUGUUCUUGGACAAUAUGAGGGCUAUAGGGAUGAUCCGACAGUUCCUAAAAACUCAAACACUCCAACUUUUGCUACAAUGGUACUGCGUGUGCACAACGAAAGAUGGGAAGGUGUGCCAUUUAUACUGAAGGCAGGGAAAGCACUGAAUUCUAGAAAAGCAGAAAUACGUAUCCAAUUUAAGGAAGUUCCUGGUGAUAUAUUCAAGUGUCAAAAGCAAGGAAGGAAUGAAUUUGUUAUACGUCUUCAGCCUUCAGAAGCUAUGUACAUGAAACUUACGGUCAAGCAACCUGGAUUGGAAAUGUCAACUGUUCAGAGUGAACUAGACUUGUCGUACGGGCAACGUUAUCAAGGGGUCACCAUUCCUGAGGCUUAUGAGCGCCUUAUACUUGACACAAUAAGGGGGGAUCAGCAGCAUUUUGUUCGCAGGGACGAGCUCAAGGUGGCUUGGGAGAUAUUCACCCCAGUAUUGCACAGGAUUGACAAUGGAGAGUUUAAACCCACAGCUUACAAGCCAGGCAGCCGUGGCCCUGCAGAAGCGGACGCUUUGCUUAAAAGGGUAGGCUAUGCUCAAACACAUGGUUAUAUAUGGAUCCCUCCUACCUUGUAAUAUCACUACACGUAUCCAGAGUAUAUACAAACAAACACAAAGCGAAGUCCUCAUUGAUCACCCAAACUGUGGGAUGCCUGCAAUAAUCUUCAAUCAUCUUAUUGCUUGCUAAAAUUCUAAUAAUAAACAGCAUAUUUUAGGGCAAGGCAUGUAACAUUGUUGUUCUUUGUUGUUGUUAAUACUAUUUAUUGCUAUAACGAUGAAUUGAAUAUUUAUACAUGUCUGUAUUUCUUAACUUUCAUUCUAGGAAAUUUCCCAUUUCUUGAAACUUUGCCGGCUGGUGUGGUUGUAAUAUUUUUAAAAUAAAAUAAUACGUAGUGAAAAGUGUGCUCAAUAUAUAUAGAACAAAGUAAGAU